AUGAAGACGCUCAAGAGAUGCCUCACGUGGGCAAGUGUAUCUUUUACAUUCGUCGCAGCCCAGACUGCGAAUAUUACGCUUAUCCCAGCAGCUACCGGUUUUGAGGGCGAUAACACCGACUUCAUCUACGGAACAUCGCCACUGCUGGUUGUUAAUGACGGGAGUGCUGCCGAUGGAGGCUUCCGGACGUUCUCAGUCUCCAAUACGUCAAGCUUUGCCGAAAAAUCGCACCAAAAAACCGGUCGCUCGAAGAUUGCCGUAGCUGUCCACGACGUCGACGGUCGGGACCUGAUCUUCAACAUUCCAGCACCCGAUUCGUUGAUUAGGAUCUUCGAUGCUAAGAGUGGGAAGAAUGUUGAAAGCAACGACAAGAAGAAGCUGGGUGACUGGAGUACCGCGUGUGUAUGGCGUAGCCAGAAUAGCGGAGAAAGCUACGUCUUCAUGUUUGGGAAGAAGAUGGUUGUACAAUUCUUGAUUCGAAACGAUAAAAAGCGGGUCGAGAUUCUGGAGGUCCAAACAUUCCCUGUUGCCAUCGAAGGCGAAACUUGCGCUGUAUUUGCAAACGGUCAGAUCUUCUUUUCAGCCGAGGACAGACAGCUAUACUCUUUCCAGGCAUCGGAGGCUAUGCAGGCACCCGAGAUCAAGACAGUGGUUGAAGACAUCGAAGUAGCGGGACUUGGUGUCUACCACAGCACGUCGGCUGAGUACCUGUUCGUAGCUCGUGACGAUGUCAUCGACGUGUACGAUUCCGGCAUCAAGAAACAGGGAAGCAUCUCAUUGGGCGGCAUCUCCGAACUCUCUAUCAAGGGUUCACUUGCUGUUCUUCAAUCCACGGUGGCUGGGUAUCCAUCUGGCGCGUUCGCUUUUCCUUUCGAGGGGGAAGAUGACACUGGUGUAGCUGUUGGUUCCCUAGAGGGCGCACUCGCUUCUUUGGGCAUCAAGCCCAACACCCAAUACAGUCCCACGAACAAGGCUUGCAAGCAUUGCGAAAGCUCUAUCACCAAAAAGUGCUCCAAUCACGGCUUCAUCUCCGGCACGAGCUGUUCUUGCUUUACCGGUUUCACUGGUCGCGACUGCUCCAAAGUUACCUGCGAAAAUGAUUGUUCUGGUCACGGCAGUUGCACUGGCCCAGAUGUCUGCAAGUGCAAAGACGGGUGGACCGGCCCAGAUUGCUCAUUCGUUGCGGUGAAGGCAAAGUACGAGACUGAUGCCAAUGGCGGCGAUGGCGACGAUCCCGCAAUAUGGAUCCACCCCACCAGACCAGAUCAAAGUAAGAUCAUUACAACGACCAAGUCUGGAGAAGGCGAGGGUUUUGGCGUUUUUGACCUACAAGGGAAGCUUUUACAACACCUGACUGCUCAGAAGCCAAAUAACGUCGAUGUCAUCUAUAACUUCACUCUUGGCACUCGGAAGAUUGAUCUCGCGUUCGCCGCGUGUCGCGGUGAUAACACCAUGUGCCUCGUCGGGAUAAACAGCACGGGCCACCUUAAUGAUAUUUCUGGUGGUGUACAGACACUGCCCGAAGACUAUGAACCCUACGGCUCCUGCAAUUACCGUUCCCCGAAUACUGGGAAAGAGUACCUCUUUGUCAACAACAAAGAAGCUCAGUAUCUCCAGUACGAACUCACAGCCACUGCCAAUGGCACACUACAGACCACCCUCGUCCGUGAGUUUCAAGGCGGCUCAGGCGGCCAAGUCGAAGGUUGCGUCGCUGACGAAGCCGCCGGCUACCUCUUUAUCGGCGAAGAACCACUUGGCAUCUGGCGCUACGAAGCUGAACCUACCGGCUCCAACACCGGUGUUAAUAUCGCCCAAGUAGGCGACGCGAGCGGUCUCCACGCUGAUGUCGAAGGCAUCACACUCGUGCCAGCGAAGUCAGGUCCGAAUGGCUACAUUAUCGUCUCGUCACAGGGUAUCUCGGCUUACCUGAUCUACGAGCGCGCACCGCCCCACAAGUACGUUGAGACGUUCACUAUCGUUGACAAUAAGGAGAGGGGUAUCGAUCACGUCAGUAACACAGAUGGGUGUACUGCCGUGGGUAACGCACUGAACAAGGAUUUCCCGAACGGGCUUUUCGUCACGCACGACGAUGCUAAUGAGCUCGCUGAAGGAGGUACGGCGAAAGAGGCAAGUUUUAAAUUGGUCAGUUUAGCGGACAUAUUGGGGAAAGAGAGGGUAUCCGAGUUGGGGUAUUGA